CACAAACCACCCUGCUCCUGUAAAUCAUAUUAAUGUCUGUGAAUUCCUGUCCUCUGGCGGACAAGAUGUGAGUGAAACGGAAAUCGAUAGGGGAGGAUCUUUGCGGGAGCAGGCUUUAUACAACCUGUUAACCCUCGCACUGCUCCUGUCCCAUGCCGGGACAUGGUUGAAGGACGGGAACACGUUUUUUCCCUACUAUAUUAGGGUACUACUUUAUUAUUCUCAGCACUAUCGAAAAAGAUCAGGAAAAGAGAAGUGAGAGGAACAUAAAAGUUUUCCAAAACGAGAGGACUGGGUGAACGGCAUUGGGCGACCGGGGCCAGGGCUCCUUGCUGAUCCGGUGUAAAUAUGACGUCUCUGUUCGGUUCUGCUCGCGCUCUGAACGCUGUUCUGAUCAAAGACAACCCGGGAUAAUAGAAAAAUACUCCAGGGACCUCAACACACACAAAACACACACACACACACACACACACACACACACCAGAGCGCGCGGCACAGCACAAACCAAUCCAGCAUGACAGCGCGAGCAGCAGCGGAGGAGCUCACCACAGACGGGCAACAUACCUCUUCAUCAGCAUGAGAUGAGGUCUUGAGACUUGUUAAUAAAGUUGUAUCGGUCAUUCAUUUAUCCAGCCACACUUCUACGGCCGCUCGGUCGGCACCUUCAGCAGAGGAGCACCAGAUAUAAGACAGAAGAAGACGCACGGUGCUGGGAACUACUGCACUUGUGAAAAGAAGACGCACGGUGCACUCCUGUCAGGGGAAAAUUGUGCGCAGCGCCGGAGCUGGGGGAUACCUAUUUGGAAACGGACAGACGACGCACUGCGAGCAGCAGCGGGAUCGGCUUCUGUUUCACCUGGAACCCGCGAGUCAACAACACAACUCAGGGUAGUGCGAGGUGACUCUGCGAGGGGGAAGGCGUGCUCCCCCGGGGGGUAGGAGCGAUGAGCGCCCUGCGUAUCCCGGUCCUACUGGCGCUGCUGGUCCUACUGCUGACUGCUGGCUUCUGCAAACAGAGCUUCCUGGACGUGAGCAAAGGGGCGCGGACGGACGGACACAACCUCCUGGAGCUCAUCAUGGACAAGGUGCGUCUGACUCGGCAACAGGACGAGGUACACGUCCGUUACCCCGCCAAAAAACAGGAGUUCACCUUGGAGACCAAGGAGGGGAAUGAAGUGAACAAGUCUCACCAUACAGAACACAUCAUAGAGGUGUUCCCCAGAGACCUGAGACAAAAAGAAAAGUUCCUCAAACACCUAACAGGUCCUCUAUUCUUUAACCCAAGGUGCAGGAAACACUUCUAUAGACUAUACCACAACACCAGAGACUGUACCAUCCCUGCCUACUAUAAGAGGUGUGCCCGUCUUCUCACCAGACUGGCAGGCAGUCAGAGGUGUACAGAGAGGUAGAAUACCCUGAGCCCAUGAAAGAGAGAAGUGCCUUGAAAAGCAACGGGGAAUUGAGAUUGUUGGUUACGUUCGCACCACAGACUGCCACUGUUUGCAGAGAGCUCACACAAUACUCUACUCUACAUUCUAAAUGGUGCAAAUGAAGAGACUGAAGAAAAUACAUCCUCAUAGUUCUACUGCCAAAAACCAUGACGACACAACACGUGGAUACUAGUUUGGAUACUAGUUUACGACACUUGGAUUGUAUUUUUCGUACAACAGGCCACUCUCUGGGACUGCUUCAGUGGUCAUCGACAUGCCUUCACGUUUUAAUUCGAGUUUUUAAUCAUUUUGCUUCUGGAUUACGGUUGGAGAUUGGACGGUGGUCUCUGAGCUCCGGUGGUUGUGUGUUGUGGGCAGUGGCUUCAGACUGAAAUAUAGACAGUAGUCUUGAUCUUCUCUUCAGCUACAUUCCACAAAAGUGAACAAAUCUAAUCCCUAAUGAAAUGACUGAUUGAUCGCCUGGUGAUAAUCUAAUCCCUAAUGAAAUGACUGAUUGAUCGCCUGGUGAUAAUCUAAUCCCUAAUGAAAUGACUGAUUGAUCGCCUGGUGAUAAUCUAAACCCUGAUGGAAUGGUAGCUGGUAGCCUGGUGGUCUGCAACAGGACUCUCAUGCUACCUCAGCAGGUAUACUCUGCCCUACUGCAGAAAGUCAACUCUGACAUUUUGGACAUUACGGACACUGCAUGAAGACUAGUGUUGCAAAAUUCUGGUAAUUUUCCUCAAAUUCCCUUCGUUUUCCAGAAAUCCUGUUUGGAAGAUUGCUGGAAUCAAGCAGGAAAUCUGCGAUUCAUCCAAUCAGUUACAGGAAUUUUUCAGCCCCAAUGAGGACCAAUCUGAAUUCACUGUCUAUUCUCUACUACUGGCUAAACCUACACAGUGUACUACAGGCUAAACCUACACAGUGUACUUCUGGCUAAACCUACACAGUGUACUACUGGCUAAAUCUAGACAGUGUACUUCUGGCUAAACCUACACAGUGUACUACUGGCUAAACCUACACAGUGUACUACCGGCUAAAUCUACACAGUGUACUACUGGCUACAUCUAGACAGUGUACUUCUGGCUAAACCUACACAGUGUACUACUGGCUAAACCUACUCAGUGUACUACUGGCUAAACCUACACAGUGUACUACAGGCUAAACCUACUCAGUGUACUACAGGCUAAACCUACACAGUGUACUUCUGGCUAAACCUACACAGUGUACUUCUGGCUAAACCUACACAGUGUACUUCUGGCUAAACCUACACAGUGUACUUCUGGCUAAACCUACACAGUGUACUUCUGACUAAACCUACACAAUGUACUACUGGCUAAACCUACUCAGUGUACUACUGGCUAAACCUACACAGUGUACUACAGGCUAAACCUACACAGUGUACUACAGGCUAAACCUACUCAGUGUACUACAGGCUAAACCUACACAGUGUACUUCUGGCUAAACCUACACAGUGUACUUCUGGCUAAACCUACACAGUGUACUACAGGCUAAACCUACUGCAUGAGGCUCUGGUGCAAAGUAGAUCACUUGCUAGAGAAUAGGGUGUAGUUUGGGACUCGUCUCAGUUUGCAUCUUAGUCUCUGAAAUAAACCUAAAGAAGCGAC